AUGGCCUCCGCCCUCUUCUUCCUCGACCUCAAGGGCAAGACCCUGCUUGCCCGCAACUACAGAGGUGACAUUCCCAUGUCGGCGGUCGAGAAGUUCCCCGUCCUCCUGAGCGAAGCCGAAGAAGAAUCAUCCGCCGUACCCCCCUGCUUCUCGCACGAGGGCAUCAACUACCUCUACAUUCGACACAACAACCUGUACCUGCUCGCCUUGACGAAACGAAACACGAAUGCCGCCGAGAUCCUGCUGUUCCUGCACAAGGUCGUCGAGGUCUUCACCGAGUACUUCAAGGCCCUCGAGGAGGAAUCCAUCCGCGACAACUUUGUCAUCAUCUACGAGUUGCUCGACGAAAUGAUGGACUUUGGCUACCCCCAGACCACCGAGUCCAAGAUCCUCCAGGAGUAUAUCACGCAGGAAUCACACAAGCUCGAGGUGCAGGCCAGGCCGCCCAUCGCCGUCACAAACGCCGUGUCGUGGCGGUCCGAAGGCAUCAGAUAUAGGAAAAACGAGGUCUUCCUGGACGUCGUCGAGAGCUUGAACUUGCUGGUCUCUGCAAACGGCAACGUGCUGCGCUCAGAAAUCUUGGGUGCUAUCAAGAUGAAGUGCUACCUGUCCGGUAUGCCCGAGCUGCGGCUGGGCUUGAACGACAAGGUCAUGUUUGAGACGACAGGAAGGACAACCAGAGGCAAGGCCAUCGAGAUGGAGGAUGUCAAGUUUCACCAGUGCGUGCGGUUAUCACGUUUCGAAAACGACAGGACCAUCUCCUUCAUUCCUCCCGAUGGCGAGUUCGAGCUCAUGAGUUACCGGUUGAACACCCAGGUCAAGCCCCUGAUCUGGGUUGAGUGCGUUGUCGAGAGCCAUUCCGGCUCAAGAAUAGAGUACAUGCUCAAGGCGCGUGCCCAGUUCAAGAGGAGGAGUACGGCCAACAACGUCGAGAUCAUCGUCCCCGUGCCCGAUGACGCCGACUCGCCCCGCUUCAGGACCAACAUCGGCAGUGUACACUACGCCCCGGAGAAGAGCGCCAUCGUGUGGAAGAUCAAGCAGUUCGGUGGGUCCAAGGAGUUCCUGAUGCGCGCAGAGCUGGGUCUGCCCAGCGUCCGUGGUGAUGAUGAGCAUGGAGGCGGUAUGACCGGUGGUUUCGGUGGAAGUAUGGGUGGUGUCAAUGCAGGCAAGGGCGCCAAGAGACCCAUCCAGGUCAAGUUUGAGAUCCCCUACUUUACGACAAGUGGUAUUCAGGUCCGGUAUCUGAAGAUUACGGAGCCCAAGUUACAAUACCCCUCGCUGCCGUGGGUGCGGUACAUCACCCAGUCGGGCGACAUUGCGGUGAGGUUGCCCGACGUGGCGUGA